UCAGUGGCCGGGACGCUAGCAGUGCGAGGACUGAGCAACUGUACCCGACCUACACGUGCUCACACCUCGUGCGUAGCCAACGCCCACGGAAAAGCUUCCUUAGUUACUGAGGCGAACGCCAUGAUGACCGGCCUGUUGCUGGUGAUGCUGUCGGUGCUGGGAGCCUCGGAUGCGGCCAAGAUCCUGUCCGUCGUGGCGUUCCCGGCUGUCAGUCACCAACUACCCCUCAGGAUGAUAAGUCUGGAGCUGGCCAAGAGAGGCCACCAGGUCACCUUCAUCACCACCGACCCGUCCAAGAAAAGCAUUGCCAACUUUACAGAAGUUGACAUAUCAGCGUCGUACAAGUUUCUGAGAACAGGCGCAACAUGGGACUGGAUGACGAUGGCUCAUUUUACAGCAACCGAUAACAUAUAUUCGUGGAAGGAACAGUUCCGUGGUGUUUGUGAGAGCGACCUGAGUGCUCCAGAGAUGGUGGAAUUCAUAAAGUCACCUCCAAAAUUCGACCUGGUAAUUUUGGAACGAUUGCUGUCGCCGUGCUUCUACGGUUUGGUUCAUAAAGUGGGCUCCCCGCCUCUCGUCGGGUACAUCAGCAUAAACGCAGGCGUACCCAGCCUCUGGACCGAUGGAAACCCCAGCAAUCCCGCUUACAUUCCAAGCUUUAUGGUGCCCUUUUCACACCACAUGUCAUUCUGGGAGAGGCUUUACAUGACAUGGGUAUGGCUCUACACGAACUAUCGCUACUUCUACGUAAUGAUGCCGCACCAAGAAGAAAUCAAGAGGAAAUAUUUCGGGCCUGACGUUCCAUCAGUUUAUGAAACUGAAAAAAAUUUCAGUUUGAUGCUUAUGAAUAACCAUUUCAGUAUAAACUACCCUCGACCGUACCUGCCGCACAUGAUAGAACUGACUGGACUACAUGUGGAACCAAACCCAGCACCUCUUCCUAAGGACCUACAAGAGUGGCUGGAUGGAGCAGAACACGGCGCCGUAUACUUCAGUAUGGGUUCCACUGUCAUGGGCAGUUCGAUGCCUGAAGAUAAAAGACUGGCAUUUCUCGAGGGUUUCAGAAAAAUCCCACAGAGGGUGCUGUGGAAGUGGGAGGCCGACAUGGACGACCUGCCGCCCAACGUCAAAGUCUCAAAGUGGCUGCCUCAGCAGGCCAUAUUGGCACAUCCCAAUGUCCGUGUGUUCAUCACUCAGGGCGGUCUGCAGAGCUUUAACGAGGCAGCCUAUCACGGAGUUCCUCUACUGGGGAUUCCCAUCUUCGGCGACCAGCAACAUAAUGUAGCGAAAAUGGUCGACGCUGGUGUUGGCAUAGAGCUCAAAUUGUGGGACGUCACAAAAGACACGAUUUCGGACGGUAUUCGAACGAUUAUUAAGGAUAAAAGAUUCAGCGAGAACAUGAAGCGCUUGUCAGCCGUAUACCGUGAGCAUAAGGAAGAGAGCCUGCCUAAAGCUGUGAAGUGGAUCGAGUAUGUACUUCGCCACAAUGGAGCCCCACAUCUGCGUAGUGGUGGAAGAGACUUGGCCUGGUACCAAUACCUGCUGCUAGAUGUCGUUGCCUUCGUGCUGGCUGUUGUAAUGGCCUUUUGUAUAGCUCUCUACCACAUUGCUAGCUUUCUAAUCCACAAAUUGUUUAAAUCCAAGAAACUGAAAACGAACUGAGGACGUGUAAUCUUCUGUUAUACAGAAGUUUAUUUGCCUACUAAUUCACUGAGCAUGAGCUUGAAUGUCUCAAGUGGAAUGUUGGAAUAUAUACAUUCACACACAUUUGUGAAAUCUAUGUCGUGUUUGUGUCGUAUGAAAUACAACGUAUAAAACUUUUAAAUCUCAUUUGUGUAAUGUUACAAGUGGGAAAAAGUCUGUGUGUAUGACUACAUUGUUAUUGUUGUUAUUUGAAGUACAGUUUUCGUUUGAACGGCUGGCUAUACAAUUCAAAAUACUGUUUUGAGUUCUGCGAUUUGUACAAGUGAAGUUUAAAAAUUUUGUACGUGGUAUUUCGUAUGAUACAACCACGACAAAAGUUUCAUAGGUGUACAUACCUAUGCAUAUGUGGUUGGAGUCAGUCCAAACAAACACUGCUCGUAACAUCUUUCAUGCGACACUCAGUGUCAAUGGAAAGUGCUGGCUUACUUCCCGUUACAAGCAAAAUAAUUUUUAAAGCGGACUACUAUAUGCCUAUUCAAAAGAGUGGUGUCACCUUAGUUUAGUAUGAUACUCUUUUAUCGAUAUGUAUGUAGAGUAAAUCACGAAGAAUUACCUUAGCUAUGUGAGAGCUGCUGUAUACAAAUACAGGAUAUAGAAACAGAGCCAAAAUGUUGUAACUUAUAUAUGGCAUUAAUAAACUGUUACACUGUUUCUUCAUAAUUAAAUAAAUCAUAUUGUGUUUAACAAGUUAAA